AUGGAUUCCGCAGACACCCAAUAUCUCUACCGAGAGACUCGUCUCAAUCUCGAACCGGCCUCCGCCUCGUCUAUCGUCAACAUCCGCGUUCCCUCGCUGACGUCGAACGGUAGAGGCGCGACCUGCAAACUGACAAACGGCGACAACAACGUCAGCGAAGAUGAGGUUGCUUUUCGGCUGAAGAGCCUGGCGCCUGCUUCGUCGAUCUACCACCGCAAAUGGCACGAUGCACCACGCAGUUUUCUUUGGAGGCUGCUAGAGGACGGCCUGGUUCUGAGCCUCCGUGUCGUAGAUACCUGUCGCCAGGAGAAGGUUGUCGAUGCGCCUCUUGUUCUCAAUUUCAGAUUUACCGUGCCGAUUCAGCCAUCCUGCGUCGCCUUCGCCGAUCCCCGGGAGCACGACGCGCUUUCCAUGUUCGUGCUCGACGAGUCCAACUUCCUAUACUCCUUUACCCUGCGGCCCGACUUCUUUAGGAAGCGCUCUGCGAUCGAGGCCGGCCCGGGUGAUGCCUGCAAGGUGUACCAGCCAAAGGUUUUCGGCUUCAAGCACCCACACCGCAUGGUCGCUGCGAGUACCGACCAGGUUGUCAUUUCUCUACACGAUGGUGGGCUUGUGCGAUUGGACCGGAAUAAGACUCAGGAUUCAACCAGCAACCCCUGGAAAGAGACAAUAUACAACUCACAAGGCUGGGCUCAGGGCAUUCGCAGCUACCUUCCCUUCAAGCAGAACCAUACCAUUCGGUACCGCAAUAUCCACAUGGACGCAAGCGCAGCGACGUCAAUACAGGUGACGGAUCUCGGACUAGACGAUGCGGCAUUCCUCUUCACAGUCUGUCUCGAUCACCGCAUGCGUAUUUGGAACCUGCGGACCGGUCAGAUCCUGUUCACUGGGGACAUUCUCAACGCCGACCGCAACCCCCAGGAGACCGGCAAGUGGCAAAUCGAGCCAACACAAGCGAAUCUUCUGCAGCUGGUUGGCGACAGCACAGGCAAUCGGAUGUGUGCCACAUACUCGCCCAUCGGAGCGGGAGAGUUCAAGUUCUGGAACAUCAAAGCCCGCGACAGUGACACCGUCUACGUGGAAGACGCCUUCCCGGAUACCACGCUUGUUCCAUCAUCACCUUCUCUGUCAGACGUAUGGACAUUGGCGGACUUUGUUCUCUCAAAUCUUGCCGAUGGUGGAAUUCAGUUAUGGACGUUGUGGAAGAACAACAUGACGUACAAGGUCCAGGAGCUUGAUCUCAACAGGGAUAGCAUCGCCGAGUCUUGGGAAAGCGAGUGGGCAUCGGUUCACAUUGACACCACAUACCCAACGGCGCCAACCUCGGGUCCAUCUGACCCGACGGACCCAACAGAGAAGUGGUUGGAGCUCAUCCUCGCCCCUGGUCGCUUCACGAAGGCAACUCUCGAAACAGCCCUGUCAAUCUACGAGAAGGGGCUUUACUCCCAGAAAGGGGCCAGCAACUCUAAGGUUCAAAAGGGGUUGGCAGAGUCAAUCUGCUCCGUCCUCGCCUCAACAGCGUCUCUGGAUCGGAACUCGGCUGGUGGAAUGGAUUACGAGCAAUUCCGUGCCAGUAGCGAGACCCAAUGGCGGAGAUUCUACCGUCUCCUUAUCGAAUUGGACAAACAGCGUGGCGAGGCUAUUGCGCUGGUCCUCGACGCGGACUCUGACAUGACCUGGGUUGUCUGCGCCGAUGCUAUCUCCGCCAUUAGAGAAUGCAGCUCGCUAGAGCGGCUGUUUUUCAACCUUGCGCGUCCGGAUGAGGGCACAGAAAAAGUGGCGAACCUGGUAGCUACUGGAGUUGGCUUUCUCGAUGCAAUUUCUGACAGCAUCCAACAAGUUUGCACGGCCGCACUGCGACCCGAAAUCUUUGAAGAGACGCCCAGAACGGACUACGAGAGGAUCCAAUACCUGUUCGACACCACAGGUCUGUGGCGCACCGUAAGCGAAGAAGACUGCGCUCAGGUAAUCGAAAGUUUGGGACAGAAUUACACCGGCGUCACGAUGGACCUAUACGAGAGCUUAUCCGGCUUGGUAGCGGCUACGGACGACUCGGGGAGCCGCAAAGCUCGGCAGCCGCUUACUGAUUUUGGAAGGAAGCUGAUCGUCAAGGCCGUCCAGGAGACGAUUAAUCUGCAAUGGACUGUCAUUUUCAGUCAGGUGUUGUUAUUGGUGCACAUGGAGUUCGACUGGGAGCAGGAAGAAGACAUGCUCUCCAAGCGGCUCGACGUCGGCGCUGUCUUCAGACAGUUUCUCGAUUCACUCCGCCGGCUAGAAUUGCUUCGUUGGCUGUCAAAGACUGAGAUCACCGUUCCUAUUGGCAACAAGCACGAGCGCAACGGUUCAUUCUCUGGCUCACCAAGCGCUUCCAAGCGUCUGGGAGACGAGACCCAGACGGUCACAGCACUGGAGGGCAAUGUGGGUCACCUUCUUGGCGUCGGCGACCAUCGAAACGAGCCACUUGCGGCGAGCAUAACGGAUAUCGUCACGGAUCUCUGCGCCUCUAACAGUGACAUCGAGGUGUCGCCCACUCUUAUUCAAUGCUCUCUCAUUAGGAGAGAGCGAGCCGACCUUGCUCUGGAACUUACCCCUUAUUGCGCCCAGACGCCUUUCGCCACAUACAUCCAGGGCCGCGUCUUUCUCGCUCUGAAGGACUUUGCCCAAGCCGCUUUUCACUUCCGCAAGGCGGCGAUUGGCAUGAGUGUAAAGGAUAUCGAUGUCGACCGACACAGCAGCGGUCUCCUGGAUGAUACCGAGUGGAAUCUGCUCAACAAGGGACCGGCACGGUAUCACUGCCAUAUCGUAGCUCUGUUCGAGAAGGCCAAGGCCUACUCUUUCGUCAUCGAGUUCGCUGGUCUCGCCAUCCAAUACUCGCACGCCAGUCCCGAGGCUGCACUAGUCAGGAGUGAGAUGCUCAGCCGUCAGUUUAACGCGGCUACGGUGUUCUCGCGUUUCGAUGUUGCUCACGCAAGCCUUCUCGCGAUGAAAGACAAGGCGAUGCAGCACUCAUCCCUCCGUAAACUGGUCGACAAGAUGUGCGAAUCUUACCACACCAGCGAACUAAUGUCGCUGCCGUUCCCCGGCCUGCAGGACUCGAUCGAUGAAAUCCUGGCCCAGAGGUGUAAGACGGCGAUGGAUGUCCUCAGCGGCAUCCCGUACCACCAAAUUCUCUAUUCAUGGAGGAUCAAACAUAACGACUACCGCGGCGCCGCCACUGUGCUGCUCGACCGCAUCCAGAAACUACAGCACGCCGGCGAGGGCGAUAAGUUGAUCGGCGACGACAUCCUCGACACGGCCGUGACCAAGCAGUACUUGCUGCUGAUCAAUGCCCUGAGCUGCGUCGAUCCCAAGCAGGCGUGGAUCUUUUCGGAAGAGCUGCCCCCCCCCAACUCGAGAGAGACAACAGGCUUCCAGGGCAAGCGCAAGGUCGUAACGCUGCCCGACCUGCGGAAGCAAUACCAAGACGAGUUGGACAGAAUUGCCGCCAUCCAGAACAACCAGUUCGGUUUCGAGGCAGACGACGCCAUGGACAUUAUGUAG